GUGUGGGCAGCCAAUCAGAGGCGAGAGCGGACUUGCGUUACCAUAGCGUCUUCAAAAGUGUCGCUGUGUAUCGUGUUUGUUCCUCAACCCAGACAUCGGGGCGGGGCGGGGCGGGGCGGGGCUGGUGGUGGUGGUGGUGGUGUCUGGCUGUGCCGCGGCCGCCACCACCACUCACACACACUCUCUGCCCCGCCUCACAACCACCACCACCACCACCACAACCAAUCCUACCACCACACCCUCCUUCGCCGCCUCACUGGCCUGCCCUCGACGUCCUUACCGCCGCCGCUGCCGCCUCAGCCACCACCACCGACCGGGGCGCGGCUCAACACCUCCACUUCCUCCUCCAUCCCUUAUAACUUCGACUUGCAGCUCCCCGAUCCUGUCUCAGCCCUCGUCCCGUCCCCGGCGUGCCUCAGCUCCCCAUUUGAACGCCCCGCUCCGAUUCUUUCCCGCCCCCACGCGUUGCCUCGUGCCAGAACAGAAAGACACAGAAAAAGGUGUGAAGAGUGAAGCGAGCGCCGAACUACAUCCCGACUCUUAUUCCCCCUCCACCAAACUUGACUUAGCCGCCGUAGAAUCCUCCCCCUUCAAAGAAAAGAGAGAUCGAGGUUCGUUUCGGCGGACCCCAGCAGCAAGCCAAUGACACCCCCGCAGCUGUGAGACCAACCUGCCAACAUGCAUACCUUUGUUUAUCCCGGAUAUCCUGGCUACCCGGGUGCUCAGAUGCUGGGGGUGCGCGGGUUGCCCUCUGUGCCGGAGGAAGACCUGCUGCCGGAGGUGGCCGGGGGGGCGCCUGACCUGCCGCCUCCCCCAGCCGCCCCCGCCACCACGGUCGCCACCACCACGGGGAUGCAGUACCCUCCAUCACCCACCAACACCUUCCUGCCCUCCCCUACACACCAGCAGUACCAGCCUGCCGUACACCACCACCGCCACCACCAGCACCAGCAGGAUGUGCACCAGCAGCAACAACAGCAGCAGCAACAACAGCAACAGCAGCAGCGGGAGGUGCAGCAGCAGCAGCAGCAGCAACAGCAGCAGCAGCAGCAGAUGGUGACGGUGCCCACACCGUCACCACCGCUGUACAAUGCCGCCCAGCUGCCGCCCCUGCAGCGGCUGCCGCAGCCCACCACGCCGCCACAGCUGCAGCAGGCGCACACCCCGCCCCGCACCUUCCUCCGCAGCCAGAGCCAGCAAGAGCUGGGCGCGGGGCAGGUGGCGGCGGCGGUGGCGGCUGUUGCAUCUGCUGCACCGCCCCAGCACGACGCCUUCGCGGUGCCCAAGUUGGCGCCGCCGCGGAGACGGUCAUACAGCUCCGGCGGCAGCACCAGCAGCAACAGCAGCACCAGUAGUGGGGGCUUCGGAGGCCUCAUGGGUUCCCUGGCCCCACACCAGAUGAUCAGCGGCCUCCCCAACCCCGCCCCAGCCCACAUGCCCCCUACCACCCUGCCCCACAUCGCCCCUGCCCCCGCCCACAUCCCCGUCUCCCUCAUGACCCCGGCCCCGGUCAUAGCCUCAGUUCAGGCCACAAACUCCUCCUCCAACUCGGCCUUGCUUGCUCAACUCCUCACCUCAGGUCCAUAUUGCAGCAGUAGUAGUAGCAGCAGCACCAGCAGUAGCAGCAGCAGCCCGUCAGUCAUCAGUGGAGGGCAGCCGCUGGUCACCGCCGGGCAGCUCACCACCCUCAAGAGCGGCCUCAUGACGGUGACCAGCAGCUGCGGCAGUGAAGUCAAGGCCACGCCGCUGGUCAUCCCGGGCAUCAUCACCGGCUGCACCUCCCCCACCACCGGCAACAGCACCAGUGGCUCCAGCACCACCGUCUACACGCUCAACAGUGACAACUGCAGUGUCAAGCCGGUGGUGACGGCCUCCCUCAUCAUGCCACCCAUCACCCUCUCCGCUGUCACGCCCUCCAACCUCAAGACACAAACCUUCUCCCAAUCCAUCCCACCGUGGAGUAGCCCGUGCUCCCCCCCGCGCCUCAUCAAACAGUCACCCCCGCACCCCGAGCCCACAUCCCCACACAUGGUCAGCAUCCCCUCCCCUCCCAACAAGGCUUUCAGGCCCAAGAGUGACUCCGAGAGGGUGCAGUACAAGGAGCACCGUCGAGUGUGUCACAUCAACGCCGAACAGAAGCGACGCUCAAACCUUAAAAACAACUUCGACAUCAUGCACCAGCUGAUACCUGCCAUCAGCCAGAACGCCAACGCCAAGAUCAGCAAGGCAGUGAUGCUGCAGAAGGGGGCUGAGUACAUCCAUCAACUGAAGUCCGAGAGGCAGCAGCUGACAGAGGAGGCGGAGAUGCUCAAAUCACAAAUAGAGAGCCUCAGCUGUGAGAUCAGCAAUGCCCAGGCCCAGCUGCCGGCCACGGGUGCGCCCAUGACCCACGCCCGCUACAGCAAGCUCAAGGAGAUGUUCAGCGCCUACGUCAGGGAGAGGACGCUGGCCAACUGGAAAUUCUGGAUCUUCUCCCUCAUCACGGAGCCGCUGCUGGAGUCCUACAACAGCAGCGUGAGCACUAGUUGUCUGGAUGACCUCUGCCGCUCCUCGCUGGCCUGGCUGGACCAACAGUGCUCCCUCAACACCCUCAGACCUUUGGUGUCCAGCUCCAUGCGGAAGCUCAGCACCACCACCAACGUUCUCGCCAACCCCGAGAGUCUGCCGGAGGAGGUAUUCCGCCGCGUCACCAAGCAGGAGGGCGACCGCUUCCACCCCCGGUGAUCCUGGCUCCGUUCCUCCACCCCUCAGUCUCCACCCCCCUGCCCACACACCACGGAGGUGGGGGAGUGAAGUACACCAAGGGGGGAGGAUGUGGUGGGGUGUGUGGUUGGGUAUGUUUGUCUGUUUGUAGGCAUCGUUACAUUUAGUACUCCGCAAAAAAUCAGGAAAAUUAACCCAACAUGAAAAUUAACAAGUGCCAAAGGAGAGAAAAAGUUUAAUCCAUUUUCACUUUGAUAAUACUUUUUUCCAUGUUGUUCAAUCUUCUAUACCUAUAAAAUAGAGGAAAAUUUAGGUAAGAUAUGAAAAUUAAGUGCCAAAGGAGAAAGAGUUGAACCAUCUUAACUUUGACAAUACUUUUUAUCUUAUUGUACAAUCUUCCUAAAUCAGUACUCAUAAAAAGAAAAGAAAACUGAGGUAAAAACAUGAAAAUUAAGUGCCAAACAAAGGAAACUUUUAUCAAUCUUCCUUUUGAUAAUACUUUUUUACCCCAGCACUCUAUCUACAAAUAACUUUUCUCCUGAUACGAGUACUAAUUGAUGUGAAGCUUACAAAUUGGCGAGCAUACCCUAGUACACCCUCUCUGUUCCUUCCCUCAUGUGCCAGGGGUGUAGGGAGAGUAGGGAGUCAGUAGGGAAGGGUCGCACCACCACAUGUAAACAAGACACACGGGACACGCCAAUCAGCCAGUCACUCUAGGAUGCAUUUCGUGUGUGUUUACAUAUGUCACUUUUCCUGUAGGGUUGAAUGCUCCUAAGGGUGUCGUUUCUGUGUCGUCGCGCUCGUGGUGGUUGUGGCAGUGAGUCAUGGCGUUUAUAGCUGCAUGUGUGUAGGUGUGUGCAUGUGUAUAGGUGUGAUUGUGUGCGUGUAUGUGUAAGGUAAUAUAACACAAUCAAUGCAAUGCCUCUUGUGCCCAGUGAAUGCAGGGAAAGAGAGAGUGAGUGUGUGUGUGUGUGUGUGUGAGAGAGAGAGAGAGAGAGGGAGAGAGAGGAAAUGAGUGAGAGGAAGGGAGGGAGAGUAGAAGGCCCAGCUGACAAGUUAAUAAUCAUCAUCAUCAUUAGUAUGUAUGCAGAAGCUUAUUAAUAAUCAGCAUCAAGUACAAAUCCUUCUCUGGUCGCCUCUCGCUCAGUCGCAGCUUCGGGAGAGAGAGAGAGAGAGAGAGAGAGAGAGAGAGUGAGAGUGAGAGUGAGUGUACAGUUUUCCCUUGCCCUUGAAUGAUUCUUUUGUUGUGCCAAGUGACGGCAGGGAAGAAGAAGGAGAAGAAGAAGAAGAAGAAGAAGAAGAAGAAGAAGAAGAAGAAGAAGAAGAAGAAGAAGAAGAAGAAGAAGAAGAAGAAGGAGAAGAAGAAGAAGGGAGACAAAUACAGAAUACAAUAGUCAAAGGAAGAUGAAGAAGACAAUAAAGAAAGAAAAACAAAGUAGCAGAAGGAGAGGAGACACAGACAGUAAACAAGAAAAAAAUACCAAGAUAAUGACAAAACUUGAAGACAAAGAAGAAAAGAGAAGAAAAUUUGUCUUCGUCGAGUUGAAAAGGUUUAGUCAGACAGCCGAUCCUACUAUAUUUGAUACUCUUUUUACUCUUGCUGCCUGACAAUGCUUACAGGAGGAGGAGGAGGAGGAGGAAGAAGAAGAAGAAGAAGAAGACGAGGAGGAGGAGGAGGAGGAGGAGAUGGACGAGGAAUAAUAAUAAUAAUGUAGGUUUUCCUCCUAAAUAAAAGUGAUUCUUGAGUUGACGCACAGACUCAAAAGUGUACAUAAAACAAAUACGAUUAUGUACACGCAUGUUUGUGUGUGUGUGUGCGUGUAUGUAAGCAUGUGCGUGUGUGUAUAUUAUUAUUAUUAUUAUUAUUAUUAUCUCCUAGGUUGUAUAUUUUUUUUGUAUCAUGCUAGCGAGAAGUUAAGCAAAAAAGUAUAUUUAUUAUGUAUUUUUUGUUAUGCUGGAGGAGCCCGGCACGGAGAUCCUCAUUCUCACAUAGUUCGACAGAUGAUUUAUUUAGUAUUUAAUGUUAAGUGUGAGAGAUGGCAGUUGUGAAGGUGUUUUACAAAUAAAGACAUUUAUUAA